AUGUCGUCAGCUCCAUUAUUACAAAAGACUCCAGGGAAGAAAAUUGCGUUACCAACAAGAGUGGAACCAAAAGUGUUCUUCGCUAAUGAACGUACCUUCUUAUCAUGGUUGAAUUUCACAGUCAUGUUAGGUGGAUUAGGUGUUGGACUAUUAAACUUUGGUGACAAGAUUGGGAAAAUUAGUGCAGGGUUGUUUACAUUUGUAGCCAUGGGUACAAUGAUAUAUGCCUUAGUUACCUACCAUUGGAGAGCUGCUGCCAUUAGGAGGAGAGGUUCUGGUCCAUAUGAUGAUAGAUUAGGUCCUACGUUAUUAUGUUUUUUCCUUUUACUUGCAGUGGUUAUUAAUUUUAUUUUAAGAUUGAAAGCUAAUGAUCAUGUAAGUGUCCCAAGUCAGUAA